CUUAUCUCCUUCUGUCAGAUUAGCUGUAAACUAAAGGAAUCAGGAUUCCGGACUGCAAGGAGACGCCAUGGAGGGAGCCGAGUGUCCGGCAGGAACACAAUUCACGUAUUGGAAGAUGUUCCAUCUCUUCUCCCAUUGCUGGCACUGUAUACAGAAGAAGCAGGAACCAAUCAGGAAUGUGACGAUCCUCUUCAUGGGGCUGGAAGGUGCUGGGAAAACUUCGGUAAUCAGAGUCAUCAAGAGAGUUUACCCAUCUCAGGUCUUUCCUUCUUCUGAUCCUCUGAAAACUCGCCUUCGACUUGACCACUUUGAUCUCACUUUUCUCGAGCUGCCCAGUGGACAAAAGGCGAGAGCCAACUGGAGAUUAUUUUACCCCCAAGCCCACGCAUUUGUCUUUUUAGUGGAUUCUAGCGACCCGGGAAGCUUGCAGGAAGUGGCGAGUAUCCUCCCGUGUAUCCUCAAACACCCAAAAGUGUCUGGGAAGCCGCUUUUAAUAUUCGCUAAUAAACAGGACAAAGCCUACACGCUUCUCCCCGGUGAGAUCAUUGAACUGCUGUCCCUGGAAAAACUGGCGAACGAGAAUAAAACGCUUUGCAGAAUUGAACCGUGCUCCGCAACUACAGACCUCCGUUCCCAUUACGACUGGAUGAUUCUGAAGGGACUGCGGUGGAUUCUAAAGUCUGUAACCCUCAGCUAUUCUACGCUCAACGCAAGCGUAUUACAGGAAACCGCGGACCAGAAAGAAAGUAUACAUCACAGAACCGCUGUAAAGCCGUGGAAUAUCAGUGAUCGGCCAAAAUGGAAGGUGACGGAUGAGGAAAUCACGAACCUUGUAGAGUACAAACCUUUCCCGUGUGGCAAAAAAAGAGCCCUGAAGCCCAUCCAGAAUAUACUGACACAGACGGGUUACAGUCUGCAGAGAACACAGAAGAGGAAAAGAAAGAAGGUGAAGGUGCUGGAAGGAAGCGUUUCUCAAAUUUCAAAUGCCAAUGAAAAUAAAACUCAUCAACAUCAUAGAGCCGAACCGCAAGUAUCUCCCACCAGGGAAUCUCGUCACCACCAUACAGACUCCAGAAUGGUCGUCUCACCAGAGACCCUGGAGAAUAAUCAAUCAGCUCAUGGAGGUUCCAAGAGAAGAAGGAAAAGAAAGCCAACUCCAAAGCACCCAAUGAAACCUCCGGGUGGCCUUCACUCUACAGGAGAUAUGGGCCAAACCUUUGAUCUCUACAGAAGGGCGAUGGACGCUCUAAAGCUGAAACAAGAAACACAAAGGAAGGUCAAUCCAUAACCACCGAUGGAGAAGACGGUCCCUAUGCUCCCUACAUAGCAGAUCCCACCAAUCAGCAUCGCAGACCGGGCUGGAAUAACAUUUCGGUGUAAAUAAUAAUAAUACAAAAGGGUAGUUUGUACAACACCACAGCUUAUGUCAUAGCAUUUGAUGUAACAGGUGGUAUAAUAAAGGAUUAUUUUGUCACAUGG